CCAUGUAACUUCAGGUAUUAAUAAGCGCAGACCUGUGCUACCUGAUUCUCAUUUAAAGAAAAAAAAAUCAUUUCGGAGCACUGCAAAUAAAAGGACAGGACAAAAUAUAAGGACAGGGCAGCUAAGUAACUUUAAAACUUUAUAGGCUAAUAAAACAUCAGCGUGCUUUAUACUGGGACACAACACUCCUUUGUUGUGCCCUUAUAUUUUGUGCCCUGUCCUUACAUUUUUUGCUGUGACUUACACCCAGGAUCCUGGGAAUUGACUCCAAGCCCUCUACACUAACUGGUUGGAAAGCGUUUUUUUUUUUUUUUUUUUUUUUUGGUGAGCUAUGCUCAGUUGAGGCAGCUGCUGCUGCUGGUGGUGGGGCGGUGGUGGGUCGUUCUCUUGACAACGGAUCUCAUUGGCUUUUCAAAGCAAAGCAGCUGAUGAUUGGCAGCGAGGGUGUACAGAGCCUUUGUCUCUGAUUGGCUGACUGGAGGCCAAGCUCCCCCCCACCUCCCUCCCUGGGCCUGCUUGGAGGCAACCUGUUUGCCUCCCUGGCUGAGGCCGCCCAGUUACACCUGCGAGGCUGCAACCACGACCAGCUGCCACGGCCUUGCACGCACAGCCCUCACGCCCACCUCACGUGGCAGCCACAUGCCCGUCCCAGGUGCUCCUUUCAAAUUUGCCUUGAGACCAGGGCGUGGGCUGGCACAGCAGAGACAGGCCGCGGGCGCAAAUCCCUCUGGAAAUCGUGGUUUUGAGGAGGCAGAGGAGACGGGAAAGCCACUGUUACGUGCCUGACUUAGAAGCCAAUUUCUCUGAGGCGCUCACAGCGUUCUAGAGUGCUGAAAAGCAAGCCACUUCGUCCGCUAACUAGGUGUGGGAGCUUGAGCCGGAACCCCAGAAAACCUGCCUCAGAGUAGCCCCCCAGGAGUGCGGACCCCGUGACAGACCCUUUACCGCCUUAUCAUGUCCAGCAGAGCUUACCUUCUGCUGGAGAGAGAGAACCGAAAGCUGAAGAAGAACAAUUACAAAGGUAUUAGUGCCUUUCCUGUGAGUGAAGACUUGCUGGAGUGGGAAGCUGUUAUUGAAGGUCUGCAGGAUACAAUCUGGCAAGGAUUAUUCUUCCAGCUGAAAAUAAAUUUUACAUUGAAGUACAACUUGGCUCCACCAUUUGUGAAAUUUAAAACAAUUCCUUUUCAUCCCAAUGUAGACCAACAUACUGGUCAGCCCUGUAUAGAUUUCUUGGACAAUCCUAAUAAGUGGAAUACCAGCUAUACAUUAAGCAGCAUCUUACUUACCCUCCAGGUUAUGCUUUCUAAUCCAGUGCUAGAAAAUCCAGUGAAUUUGGAAGCAGCCAAAAUAUUGACUAAAGAUGAAUCUAAGUACAGACUAAUAGUGCUGAAACUUUUCCAACAGCCAUUACAAUUGAAAGAUGAAAGCCCUAAGACACCUAAAAAGCCAGAUAAAAUUAUCAAAUCAACUAAAACAAUCUCAUUUUAUGAUUACUAUAAGUCAUGGUGUGAAAUAGCCACGUCAAAAGCCACAGGAUAUCACAGAACUGCACUGCUUAAAGAUCCAAGUUUCAUUGAAGAAUAUUUUAAAUUGAAAAAACAUGAGAAAACAUGUGCUAAAGAAUGGAAUUUUAAGUAUGCUGUUGUCAUGGCUCGGCUUACUAGAGAAAAAAAUAGGUAUCACAAAAACAAUGAUCCAACUGAAGGAAAACAUCACUUCCCAACUCCAAUUCACUUUUCUCCUAAUUCACAAAGUGAAACAGAAAUUGUCACAAAGAUUUAUGAAUCAGAUGCAGAUUGGAAGAAUGACCAAUUAACAGAUUUUGAAGAAUCAUGGGAAGAAGAAGUUGCUGAUCUGGUUGCCUGGAGCAAAACUCUUAACACAGAUGGUUUACAAGAUUAGGUCUAAUGCCCUAAGCUUUUGUGUAUUUAUUACAACCCCAACCACAGUCAGCCUCAUGGAACAACUCUGAAAGACUUUGAAAACUUAGGUCCCACUUUUUCUAGGUUGGCCUCAUCCCUUCACUGUUAGUACAAAUUAGAAAUAUAAGUACAGAUAAGUGAAUAUGUUGCUAUGAAUUUUUUUAAGCUCUGCUGUUUAGAAACUAAAUUAUCCAAAUUAUGGGGUGUUCAUUAUAGUAUUCCAAUCAAUGGUAUUAUACCCACAGUUGUUAGCCAACUAGAGGAAAGUUUUUGUAGGCAGAACCUGGGUCAGGAAGAGGCUGGGAUUAGAGGGGA